CCGUGCGAGUGUUGAUCAAACGCGCUGCUGGGAGGAGGCAUUACCGACAUUUCGUGUUUGACAGCCGGCUGGAGACACCUCUGCUUCAGGGAACAUUUUAACUCCACCACAAAUCCCGGUCCGGUGUCGCUGUUUUGCUCUCCUAGUGUAGCGAGAAGAGCAAGAAAGAAAGAAAGUCGUCUGCACGGGUUUGCUCCGCAGCGGUAGCCAGAGCUGAGCCGAAGCAGAGCAGACCCUGCCCUCCCUGAUCGGAGAGGGAAUCACGACCACAGUUCCAAAGACUCUGCUGCAUCAUGCAGACCUCUGUGCUUCUCGUUUCCCCGAUCCUCCUCCUGUGUCUCCUUAUCCCCAUCUGCUCCUCCCAGAGCGAAGGGGAACUCGUCGUGCAGACACAUGCCGGUCGAGUCCGCGGAAUUCGCAUGACGGUGCCAGACCGAAACCAUGUCACCGCUUUCCUGGGCAUCCCCUUCGGUGAGCCGCCAGUAGGGAAGCUGCGUUUCCGUCCUGCUGAGCCCAAGCGCUCUUGGGCGGAUGUGCAUGAGGCCAACGUGUACCCCAACGCCUGCUACCAGUUUGUGGAUACGUCGUUCCCAGGCUUCCAAGGCACUGAGAUGUGGAACCCCAACAGAGAGAUGAGCGAGGACUGCCUGUACCUGAACGUCUGGGUGCCUUCCUCACCAAGACCACACAACCUUACCGUCAUGGUGUGGAUCUACGGCGGAGGGUUCUACAGUGGUGCCUCUUCUCUGGACGUGUAUGAUGGCCGUUACCUAGCUCACAGUGAGACGGUCAUUGUGGUUUCCAUGAACUACCGUAUCGGUGCCUUCGGUUUCCUCGCUCUGCACGGCUCCAAUGAGGCUCCUGGCAACGUGGGUCUGCUGGACCAGAGGAUGGCACUGCAGUGGGUACAAGAUAACAUCCAUUUCUUUGGUGGAAACCCCAAACAGGUGACCAUCUUUGGUGAGAGUGCAGGUGGUGCUUCCGUCGGAUUCCACCUUUUGUCUCCAGACAGCCGACCUACCUUCACCAGGGCCAUCCUCCAGAGCGGUGUCCCCAACUCUCCCUGGGCCUCGGUGAGUCCCGCUGAGGCCCGCAGACGGGCCACGCUGCUGGCCAAACUGGUUGGCUGCAAUGGAGGCAAUGACACGGAGCUGGUAGACUGUCUGCGCAGUAAAUCCCCCCAGGAGCUCAUCGACCAGGAGUGGCAGGUCCUGCCGUGGUCCGCCCUCUUCCGGUUUUCAUUUGUCCCUGUUGUGGACGGCGAGGUCCUGCCCGACACUCCCGAGGCCAUGCUCAACUCAGGCAACAUUAAAGACACUCAGAUCCUGCUGGGGGUCAACCAGGACGAGGGCUCCUACUUCCUGCUGUACGGAGCACCCGGCUUCAGCAAGGACAACGAGAGCCUAAUCUCCAGAGAGGAGUUCCUGGAAGGUGUCAAGCUCAGCGUACCCCAUGCUAACGAUAUUGGCCUGGAGGCGGUGGUGCUGCAGUAUACUGACUGGAUGGAUGAGAAUAACGGGUUGAAGAACCGGGAAGCCAUGGACGACAUCGUGGGCGACCACAACGUCAUCUGCCCGCUGGCCCACUUUGCUCGCUCCUACGCCCAGCACAACGCCCUCAAAGCUAACAUGGGAGGAAACCCACAAGGCCUCUACCUCUACCUGUUCGACCACCGGGCGUCCAACCUGGCGUGGCCUGAGUGGAUGGGUGUGAUCCACGGCUACGAGAUCGAGUUUGUCUUCGGGCUGCCCCUGGAGAAGAGACUCAACUACACCCUGGAGGAGGAGAAACUGAGCCAACGCAUGAUGAAAUACUGGGCCAACUUUGCACGAACUGGAAAUCCCAAUGUGAACCAUGACGGGAUGAUGGACAACAAGAAGCGCUGGCCUCUGUUUACCGUCAGCGAGCAGAAACACGUCGGACUCAACACUGAACCAAUGAAAGUCCACAAAGGUCUGAGGAACCAGAUGUGCGCUUUUUGGAACCGCUUCCUGCCGCGCCUCCUCAACAUCACCGACAACAUAGACGAGGCAGAGCGCCAGUGGAAGGUGGAGUUCCACCGCUGGUCCUCCUACAUGAUGCACUGGAAGAGCCAGUUCGACCACUACAGCAAGCAGGAGCGCUGCACUGACCUCUAAGAGCCUCGGCGGAGACAUGAGAGAACGACGGGAAGGGGGGAAGGCAGAGAGAACAUGCUGUUGCCAUUUCCCUCCAUAGCCCCCUCAGUGAAGUCUAACUUCAUUAAAACAUUUUCCUUUUUUUUCAGUUUCACUCCUCACACAAACACACAGGCACUGUUUAUCUUUAUUUGUAUUAUUUAUACUAUUUAUUUAUGUGUUAUUUUUAUUUCUGUGUGUCUCUGUGGAAGCUAAGAAAGGGCUAUGGAGGGAAGUUGUCAUCAAUAAGGAGGAAUAUUACAAAUGUCAAAGAUGUGUCAUUACCUCGGGUGUGUGUGUGGGUGUGUGCGUGCAUAUGUAUGUAUGUGUGUGUGUGGCUUGAAAGCCCCCAGUUUAACUUAACAGGCCCAUGACACUGCACCACUGCUGGUUUACUGUUUGUUCUGUUGAUCUUCAUCUUUUGUUUCUGAGGAUUCCUUCUUUCCGACAUAUCAGGGUUUUUUUGUUUUUUGGACUCAACAACACUUUCUGUCAAGGCCUUUUUUGUUCAUGACUACUAUAAUGACCGCUAUUCCCAGUUCCUGCGUGUUCUGCUGCACUCUGUCUCGUGUAUUUCUCCUGUGGUAAAGCCAUAAGCUAUGUGAGAAAGGUCCAUGGAGCCGUGUAAACUGUUUGGUGCCUAAUUUAUAUUUUAGAAAGCUCACUUAAAUCCGCUUGACGUUUAACAGAAAUAACUCAUUUCUGAUAUUUAUGGCCCUGUGUCAGCGGUUUAAAACCAUACCUGUCACUGUCUUAUUUGCAUAUCAGCGUAGAUAAACAGGAAUUGGGUAGAGGGGGUGGGCAGAGGAACUGAAAAUGUCUACUGAUAAUGUAAAAUGGGAAAUGUGUUCAAAUGUCCUUAUCUGGUAACAGCUGCUCCCUUGAGUUAAAGUGAGGCAUUUCACCAUGGAUCAUUUUUAAUAAUAAUAUCUCUAACAACCACGGUUAUUAACCAUCAUGAAGUUAAUUCAGAAUGGCAAAUGAAGUGAUGUGGAUCAGCGGUUCUCAACUGAUCAAAUGUGAAUGCAUUUGUUGCGCCAGUUGACGUUCACAUAGUAUUUGAAUAUGGAAAAUGUGGUUCAGCGAAUUUAAAUCACAUUUUUUCUUCGGAUAUAUAGUUUCCUUAUUUAAAGAAGUAUGCAUGACUGCUAUUUUUUUUAAUUCAAGUUAGGAUCCGACACACUCCCUGCAGUACACACUCCCUGCAGUACACACUCCCUGCAGUACACACUCCCUGCAGUACACCCCUAGGGGUACUAGUAGCGAAAAUUGAAAAACAACAAUUUAGACUUUGAUUUUAAAUUGAUUUUGAGAUUUGAUUUAUACAUAUUUGCAGCUUUACUCUUAGGUUUGCUGGGAGUGAAUUAAAUACUACAUUUUAGAUUGUAAUUUGUAAGGAACAUAUUGUGUAAAAAAUGAUGAACUUUAAAGCCACUAUUUAAGCAUUUUAAAAUGUCUAGCUUUAGCAUUUUUGGGUGGUAGCAUUUGGAAACAGUACCCUUGAACCAAAAAAAUGUAUGUAAUACUGUAAUAAUAAUCCUUUGUCACACAAUCUGUACGAAAAUGAUCCCUGUAGGUAUAUUUGAACUGCAUUUUGACAUUUAUUACAGUGAGACGGAAUCAGUUGCUUAUGAAUGAAGAACCUUAUCUUCAUAAUCCCUUACAGUUGACCCUUUAAAUAUACGGCAUAAUGUGUUGAACUCUAACUGUUUUUGUGUGCGUCUUUCAAUCCAAAUCUGUUUGGGGGGAUGUUAAAAGCAGGAGCAUGGCCGUAGCUGUGAGGUCAUGUGACCUCCCUCCUUGUAAAAUGUUGUUAACAGCCCUGUUCAGAAACCACUUUUGUUCAACUGCACUGAAUUUGUGUGUGUGUGUGUGUGUGUGUGUGUGUGUAUGUGUGUGUGUGUGUGUGUGUGUGUGUGUGUGAUCCACUUAGUGUCAUGUACAGCUGUGAUGUAUUCCAAAAACAUCUCACACCCUCUCUGUUUGGUACAGUCCUCCCUGCUUUUUUAUCCAUUUGACUUUUUAUCGCCCCCUCUCUGUUUGGUACAGUCCUCCCUGCUUUUAAAAAAAUCUGUUUUACUUUAAUCUUUCUGUUUCUUUACUUCAUUGGGUGUUUCAACCCGCUCUCCUCUCCUUCCCCAUCCUCCAUCUCCUCCCGCAGCUGUUCCUCUCCCACCACCACCGCCCCUGCUUUCUGCCUCUCAGUCUUCCUCCCGCUUCAUCUUCAUCUCUAAUCAACCUCCACCCACCCUCCUGCCUCUCCCACUCUCUUCCUUUCAUCCUUCACCCUCCCCACUCGUAUACUUCUCCUUCCACCCCAUCAAACUUUUCUCCUCUUCAUCAUCUCUCUUUCCUUUCUCAUCCAUCUCCUCGCUCCCCUCCCUACUCGGCCUCGUCCCGGGCCCCCUCCCCCAUCUCUGUCCUCCGUCCUCCCGCUUUCUCGUUAGUCUAAUGGAGGCAGAGUAAUUCACUCAGCAGCGGGAUAAUGUGACAGAGCGCUUGCUCAGCCUCUGGCCUGCCAGCCAACACUGGAUGGAUGGAUAGAUGGAAAAGGGAGGUGGAAAGGUACAGAGACGAGGCAAGGAGAAAGGGACAGAGGAGGAGGAGUGGGGGGAGGGUGGAUGAGGCAGAAGGAGAGGUGGAGAUGUGAUGGAAAGAUGAAAAGACAGUCAGAAAAAUACAUCAUUGCAUAACUCUUCUCCUUAGAAAGAACUGUGUGUGAGAGUUUCAGCUUACACAGUGUGCACUGAAGAUGAAUUAUUAAAAUGUAAUUAAAAGUUGAAGACCUAAUUUAUUUAAUUAAUAAAAAACAUCCUGCUUAGAUUGACCAUACCCCAUAAUAUAGCUACAUCAUUUCACUGUAAAUGAUGUUGGAAGGUAACAACAUACAAUUAUUUUAUUACUCAAAACCAUUGUCUAAAAAAAUAUUUCACGCACCCGACUCUUAUUUUCUGUAGAAUUACUUUCUGUUUUUAUUGUACCAGUGACGCCUUGUCUGAUUCAAAUCUGCAAACAGAACAUUUGAAAGUAAUGGUUUAGCUGAUUUUGAGCCCUGAAAGUCUUGAAACUGGAUAUUUUAUGUGCAUUAAUAUAAGAACUUCCAUAUAAUAUUGUGUGUACAGGUUAUCAUCUUGAGUAUAUAUGUGUUAUUAUCAAGACGUUUUUUCUAACUUAUUAUCUGGUUUGCAAUACACAUUGAUCUUGAGUGCCCAAAAUUAACCUGUGCAAAACUUCCAUAUGUGUUGUGCACGUUAUUGUUUUGUGGAAACAAGAUAAUCCAAAUAAAUUAAGAGGUCUUUCAGAACUUUGGGGGCUUUCUAAGAAAAGAAAAUCAGUUAUGACUUCAGCUGCCUUCUCACUCCCCCCCCCCCCCCCCCCCCCCCCCCCCCAGUGUGUUGUGCAUCAUGUGUGUGUAAGUGUGUGUGUGUGAUGUCACUGUACCUGUCUGUCAACCUCUUUGCCAUUUUUAUGUAUUCACAAGGAGGGAACUGAAUCAGAGCUCUGAUUGGCUGAAUGCUGUCCCAGCAAAGUGUCUCUGUUGGCAUGUAAAGCUCCUAUUUAUGGACCGGAGUAUAUUAGUUUAGCUUUGAAAAGAACUAAAUAUGAAUAAAGGAUUGUACCUGAUGUCUAAAAUACCAGUGAAGAAUGCAUGUGUGACUGGCUGUGUGAGUGACAGCUUCUCCCAUCCAAUGGGAGACCCCCGCUUAAGCCCUCCUUCCCUUGCCCUCCUAUCAGAUCCUUGUGCAUGUCCUUCCAGUAUAUCCUUCCAAACUUGGACUGUUAUUUUCUGUAAAAUUUGUACUUUUGAACAAAACUAUUAUCAAAGUGACUAAUAUAUCUCUAAUGUUAGGUACGUUUAAUGUUAGCAAUAAAUAUAUCAGUAAAGGAAUAUAUUUGAUAUUUAAAUGCAGUGAAAAUAUAACGUGAUUAAACAACAAUGAUGAUGGAUAGAGGUUGUGUUUUAAAAGCAAUAUUAUUCUGACAAAAAAUGAGUGCCAUAAAUCCUUUUUCUGUUUGUUUGACUUGGUUUCAGUCCUCUGCCUCAUCGUUGUUUGUUCCAGUCACUAGUACUGUACGUGUUGAAGGCUUCUGUAGCUUCCCAGUAUGUCUCUGUGUAUCAUGAAUGCUGACUUGGUUAAGCUAUAGCAACAGAAAUAAAGACACCGUGCUGCUUCUGUC